UUAACAACAUGUAGUUAGAUUUAUUUUUUUAUAUAUUUUAACAGAUUGAUAAACGCUGAAGAUAACGAUGAUGAACCCCGAGGAAAGUGAGCGGAUGUCUGUGCUCCUGUCCACAUAUCUGGAGAGGCGUUUCAUAGGAACAGAGAAGACGAUUAACAUCAAAAGGGGAAUGGUAGUUUUAAAUGAACUUUUGGGAAAAGAAGAUUUUGUUGAACUUAUUCACACUGGAAGUUUUGGAGAAGGAUGUUCUCUUAAAGGUUCAGACAUUGACAUAAUGAUGGUAAUCACGAACAUAAAAGGGAUAUACCCUGAUCAGUGUAAUAAUAUUCCUCAGCACCUGGCACACAAAACUCUUCUGUGCAUUCGUGAGGCAGACUGUCGCCCUGGCUAUGUCCAAUCAGAGCUAGUUCAGCUAAAACAACCAGUACCUGCACCCUUUUUGAAAUCAAUAGUUAGAAUUGAGAAUUCAUUCUUUAUUUCCAGUGAUAUCUUCAGAGAGGAAUAUGUUCUUGAUCAUGUGUCUGUCACAGGUUUUAAAUGUGAAUCCAAUGGCCGGACCAAGUAGUGCAUCUAUCAUUAACGGAACAAUGAGGGUAGACACAGUUUAUUGCUUUUCGUACAACGGUUGGCCAAAGGAAGCAAAUGAAUGGAUUACACGUACA